AUGUUUGCUCCAGCCGAUCUUUUGAAUGAAGUCAAGGCCACCUUCCAUAUGAUGUUUGGAGAGGUUGUACCGUAUACUGAACUGGAACAAGCAUUGACUGCCGUCGACCUGGUGAAUCUUGUCAACGGAAUCCCACCAUCCCCUCGAUAUCCCACAUUCGAUGCCAACACAUUCCACCUCAUGAUUUUCUGCAACUUCUCGUCAAAUCCUCAACUCCCAAUCGAUAAUUUUAUCCCAAGAAUCCAAGUUCCCACGUCCGUUUUCUGCUUCUUCAAAUCAGUAUGGAAGAAGGAGAAACAAGUCGUGAGCUACAAUGUCCCUAACAGACCGGGCACCGUGGGAUAUAGAAAGGUCGAUCCACACGCCGUUCUCUGGAAGUCCCUCACCGACAGCCAAAGAAACAACUGGUCGAAUCGUUUCGUAGAAGAAAGAGACUUCAGAAACUUCUUGAUUGCCAAUGGAUACUGUAAGAAGGCUCCCAGCCCGAAUGAGCUGCAGAGGCAGCUGCGAAGUCAAGGAGUGAAGCGGACGUUCUCCAGUAUUAAUUAG